ACACACACACACACACACACACACACACACACAGGUUGCGCAGAGAACCAAACACACAUAGCCUACAUAUUGAACACGCCGUAGAACCCGAUCAGAAGCGAUCAGUUGGCUGAGACUCGAUCGAUCGGGAUCAGACCCGGUGGUCUUACCGUUAAUGUCUGAUGUCAGUCAGCGGUGAGUUUAUGAGCUCAUCUUCCUCCAGGAACCGCGUCCAGAUCACAAAGCUUCACACAGCGCCGAUAAACUUCUUCAUCAUCAUCAUCACCAUCAUCAUCAUCAUCAUCGGGAGAAAAUUCCAAACCGAACCGGCUCCGGUAACCGGACCGAACGCCGUGGAUUCCGCCGGGAACGCGUGUAAGUGCGCGCGCCACAGGAGCAGGAAACGCGCGAGUGUUUGUUUUCCUCUCUUCCUCACUCUCGCUUUCACCUCACACACACACACACACACAUACUGUUCUUCAUCAAGGCGGGGUCUCGAGUCGCCCAAACCAAUGACAUAAACCCCCACCUCACACACACACACACACACACGGUUCUGUUCAGAUGGUUUUAUUGGGGAGAAUUGGAUCGUUACAGUUUGAGCAAAGCUGACAGCAUGUAAACAGAGUAACAGACUACUACAGGCAAACUUAUAAGAGCUUAAAAUGAGGAUGAAAUAAUGUCAGUUACAUGCUGGAAAAAUGUUCAGACAGUGUUUAAUGUCAGAGUGGUUCUGAAAUGGUUAACAAACUACUUCCAAAUCAACACUGGAAUUUUAAGACCUUUUGGAAGGUCAAAUGUUGUGAUAAAUGUUGAUUUGAUUUGCAAAACCAGGGGGGUGUUCCAUAAACCAAGAUUAGAGUAUAAGCCAGGCUUAUUUCGGUUAGUCAGGCUUAUUUUUGGUAGAUUCGGUUUCAUAAAUCAAACUUAAAAAAGUUCAAACUCAGUUACCCCGGCAACUUAUGCUGGCAAAUUAACCUGGUCCGGGGCAGGCUAACUGUCAGGCUAAGUCUGAGUUCAGGCUUAACAAGCAUACCAUGUAUACUCACCUGCUGGUAUUUCGAUGUCAUUUUAUUUUACUUAACCACUAUUAAUAUAUAUAUUUUUUUAAAUAAAUAAAUAAAUAAGGAAAUGUACUUUACUAAUAAAUGUAAGAAAUUAUAAGUUAUAAAUACACUAAGAAAUGUUCAAAACUUGUGUGUUUAAUUGGUGAGUUUGGUUAAUGAGUUUGGUAAUUAAUUAAUUUAAAGUAUAUAAAUAGGGAGCUGAACUCGUCUCCAAACUUAACCAUGGCGUGUCCUUUCAUAGAUGAGGUGGUGGAUGAGGGAGCUAUAGUCUUGCGGAGGGCAUUUCAAAGAGAGAGAACUUUCAGAGACAGGUCAGACCCAUUGGCUUUUAAUGACAGCUACCUGUAUGAGCGAUAUAGGUUCUCAAGACAUGGGAUUGCAUAUAUUUGUAGAUUACUAAACCCAUACAUUGCAAAUAAUACACGCCGCAACAGAGCGCUCACAGUCCCACAGACGGUGUGCAUUGCACUUCGCUUUUUUGCCAGUGGAACAUUUUUGUACACAGUUGGAGAUGCAGAGAAUAUCAGCAAAGCAUCAGUUUGCCGCUCUGUACGAACUGUGUACCUUUCUUUAAAAAGACUACUCAAUGUGUUCGUCACAUUCCCUGGCCACAAAGCUAUUCGUACCAUUAAACAUGCCUUUUAUGGAAUAGCUGGUUUCCCAAAUGUUAUCGGUGCAUUGGACUGCACCCAUGUGCGUAUUAAGUGUCCAUCUGGACCACAUGAAGCGGACUUUGUGAAUAGGAAAUCAGUACACAGCAUCAAUGUACAGGUACGGUCCCACUGAGAUGAUAUUGACGGCUAUGCUCUAGCACUGAGUGUUCUGUACUAAGCUGGGCACCAGUGUUUAGUUCAUUGCAAUUAAAAUGUAGUGACCUACAGGUUUAAUUUAUUUUAGAUUAGUGAUGCAGAUUGCAUCAUCACAAAUGUAGAGGCCAAAUGGCCAGGCUCUGUGCAUGACUCCAGAAUCUUUAGAGCCUCAUCUCUCUACCAGCAACUAGCAAGAGGAGACUUCUCAGGAGUUUUGCUGGGAGACAAGGGAUACCCAUGCCUACCUUACCUCUUGAGUCCCUAUCAGGAGCCCCAGACAGAGGCACAGCACCGCUACAACAUUGCCCAUGCACACACAAGGGGUCGCAUAGAGAUGGCAUUUGGGCUGAUAAAGUCAAGGUUCCAGUGCCUGAAGCACCUCAGAGUGACUCCACCUAGGGCAUGUGACAUUGUAGUUGCUUGUCUAGUGCUCCAUAACAUUGCUUGUCUGAGGAGAGAGAGGCAACCAAGGAUUGUUGAAGAGGAAGACUGGGGCAAUGAAGCAGUAUUGGAAGAAAAUGAAACAGGCUGACUUAUACGAGACACAUAUGCAAAUAAUUAUUUUGCUUAAUAUGGUCUAAACCAUGUGUAGCCUUUAACGUUUUCCACUGGCCCCUCAACUUUCUCCGUAGUUGAACAAACACACAGAAGUCAA